UUCAAACAACUUCAAAAGCGCGAGCUUGGGUCUGACGUCACAGGCCACUCUUAUCGUUUUUGCCCGUUCGGUGGGCUAUUGAUUUGAAUGCAGUUUGCCAUUUCCAGUUGUGCGUGUCGAAUAACUGUGACGUUUGCUCGGUAUUUAUGUUAUUGUAUUUAGUGUAGUUUAGUGUAUUUAUUGUGUAAUAUACUUUAUCAAAAUGGAAAACAAAUCUGCGCAAUAUAAGUACUGUAUAGUGCCGGGAUGCAAAAGCACAACUGUCAGAACAUCCAACAUUUUUUUACUCUACCAAAAGAACCAAAACGACGAUUAAAAUGGCUAAAGGCAUGCAGGCGAGAUAAAAAGGAUAUUUCACAAAAAAGCAUAGGUCUUUAUGUCUGUGAGGAUCAUUUUGAUUUGGAACAAGAUAUGGAUAACUAUAUAAAAUUCAAGAUUAUGGGUGGUCCCAAAAUUAUUAAGUCAGGUGUUGUCCCGCACAUAUUUAAUUGUCAACCAGACAGAAAACGAGCUUUUUCUCAGCCUGUGAGGGAAGCAGCCCUUAAAAGGGUUAAACGACAGCUUCUUGAAGAUACCGCUUCUACAAACAAGUCUGUUUUAGAGGACAAUGAUGAUAAGAGACAAUGUGAUCCUUGUUUCACAAACUUAGUUCAAUCAGGACCUGAAUUAAACCAAUCAGCUUUACCUCAAAAACUGAAUAAUGCAUCAACACAGACUCACAUCAAAAUAAGAAGUAAAGGUACCUAUUCAGUGCAAAUUUCAAAGGAGUGUUACAGUCGGGUUGUCGCCAUUGAAAAUACAUAAUAAGGAUGCAGGAACUUCACCUAUAAAAGACUUGCAAAUAUUUGAAGAUACCAAAAGUGAAUCAGGAAGUUCUGUAUUUGAAAAGUAUAGUGAAUAUAGUGGUAGUGACGACUGUUGGUACAAUGAAAGUGAUUCUUUAUCUUGUGAUGAAGAUACGAAAGAAGAGGAAGCAAAACAAUUUAAAAGUUUGUCUUUGAAGUGUACAGUGAUGAAGUUGCAAUACAGACCUAGACUGUAUAUGGGGCUACCAGAAUAUGCAUUUUACAUGUUUCAAUUAAUGGAAAAAUAUUGUAAGAUUCAAACAAUGCAUCACUCUUAAAAAGAUAAGAACAGGACAAACAUUUAUGUCUCUUGGAGAUGAUUUCGGCAUAAGCGAAAGCAAUUCAUCGAGAAUAUUUGCAAAAUCUGUUCCAUUACUUAGUAAAUACUUAAGAUCUUGUAUUUUUAAUCCCCAAGUGAGUUCAGUUAAAUUAAACUUACCCUUAGCAUUUCGAGCUCGUUAUAGUAAAGUAUUUUGUAUUAUCGAUUG